AUGACAUUUUUUUCCUCUCUCGUUUUUGUUGGUUCUUGAAUCUCCAACCACACAAACACUUCAGUACUUCAGCACUAAUUGACCCAUCCAAUCAAAAACGUGCUUUACUAUUGGGUGUAAACAUGAAACCAAGUCUAAAUUGUUCGGCUUUGCUGGGUAUUCUUCUCCUUUCUAAGGUUAUAAAACAGUCGAUCUCUCCCAAGGCUUCUGAGCAGUUUGGUAAAUGGCCAAUUCCGGAAAGAAGGUGUUGCUUACCUCCAAUGGCGACGAUAUCUGCAACAAUAUUGCCCACCACUUAGCUCAGCGCGGCUGCCAAUUGGUUUUAGUGGGUGAUGAAAGAAAGUUGAAGAGAGUAGCUGAGAUGAUAAGGCAAUCUCUAGAUGGGAGUGUUGUGGUGGAAGUGGUCGGUUUGAACAUGGAAGACGAGCGAGAGACUGCGUUUGAUGAAGCAGUUGACAAAGCUUGGAAACUUUUAGGCUACUUGGAUGCUUUAGUCCAUUGCUAUUCUUAUGAAGGGAAGAUUCAAGAUCCUCUUGAGUUAGGGGAAUACGAGUUCAAAAAGAUUGUGAAGGUUAAUUUCAUGGCUGCUUGGUAUUUGUUGAAAGCUGUGGGGAAACGGUUGCGCGACAGGAAAUCAGGAGGGUCUAUUGUGUUUUUGUCUUCGAUCCUUGGUGCCGAGAGAGGAUUAUACCCGGGAGCUGCUGCAUAUGGUUCUUGUUUGGCUGGAGUUCAGCAGCUUGUUAGGACAGCAGCAUUGGAGAUAGGAAAGCACCAGAUAAGGGUGAAUGGGAUUGCGCGGGGCUUGCAUUUGAACGAUGAGUUCCCAACAUGGGUAGGAAAGGAGAGAGCAGAGAAGUUGGUGAAGGAUGCGGUCCCACUGAACCGAUGGCUCGACGUGGAAAAAGACUUGGCUUCAACCGUCAUCUACCUCAUCAGUGAUGGGUCCCGUUACAUGACUGGGACCACCAUAUUCGUCGACGGGGCCCAGUCCUUGGUCAAGCCUCGCAUGAAAUCAUACAUGUGAAAUCUACCUGAUAAGAUCUCUCGUCUCUUUGUCUGAUCUUCUGGUUUUUCUUCAAGCAUUGUUUUUUAAAACUCUUUGCAACAUGAUUGAUUCAUGCCCUAUGGCCAUUGUAAACACAAUCUUUGAAUAUUGAAAACCAUUUACUCUUUGAGUAUUAUUAAAAUAGUGUGAUGCUAUUUUAGCCAAAUUCCUAAUUCUAUAUCUUAAGAGUGGUUAUCUUAAGUGUGAGUUUUAGGUUCUAGAUAUUUGAUUAAGUGUGUAAUAUCUUAAUUGAAUUCUAGAUUCAAACCCCAAGUUAGGAUAAGAGUGUGUAAUAUCUCCUAACACCAACUUGGUUUUAUCCAUCCGUGAUAUUUCUUCCAUUUCAUAUCCCUCCAUUUCUCCUUCUUAAUCCUAUUCUUUUUCUUCCAUAAAAUACCAAAAAAGAA